GGGUGUGAUGACCAGCUGGGGAAAUGAGUCGGGGACAUCUGUUGUGGAGCAGAUGGGGCCAAACUGAAACUGCAGCAUGUCUCUUCCCAACUACUCAGAGGAUACGUUUACCUCCAUGACCGAAGAAGAAGAAGAGAAUGAGAGGCAGUACGAGGAUGACUCGUUUGAAUCCUAUGACUCAGCGGAUGAGUUGGAAGAGCCAGCAGCCUCUGAUCUGACCGAGAGCGCUUGGCAAUCCCCAUGCCAAAAGGAUGAAGAAUUGUUAGAUUCUGCAUAUGUAGGAGAGUCUUUAACUAGAAAAUGGAUCAGUCUUCUGAAAGGCAACAGAACUAUUGUUGAGAGAUCCAAACCUUCCAUAGAAUCAGAUACUGCAUUACCAGGAAUUCCUGAAUUUUCUGAAAAAGAACUGGGGGUUCUGCAGUCUUUCUGUGCCAGCAAGAUUAACCAUCUCCAUCACCAGAGGACCUCAGAGCCAUUGAGAAGAAAUAGCCGUAAGGAACAGAGGCCUGGGAUGGUUUCACGGAGGCAGCCGAUGGGAGGUGGCAACUUUGCUGUCCCUUCUGAGCUCGUAAACAGGCUUCAUCUGAAAAGUCUCCAGGAGACGAUGAAAAAGUUAGCUGAAAAUGAAAUGCACCAACCUUCACAAUGCCCCUUUUGCACAAAGAAAAGAGCAGAGUUUGCAAAAGUUGAAUUUCUCCGUCGAAAGAAAACCAUAUUGGACAAUAUUUUGCUUCAAGAGAAACUGGAAGACUAUAUGUACACCAAAGAUUCUCUCACACUCAUUGGAGAAAUACAUAAAAAUCUUCCUAAGCUUUCCGAAGAUCCCAGCAAUAUAUGGCAGGAACUGAAUAAAAGAGGCUGGCAAUAAUAGCUUUUGCUUGUGGGGAUAUUGGAGCAAACAAAGUUAGAAUCUCUACAGGCUGAGCAGUGACGGCAUUAAGAAUAAUGACAAUUUGGAUUCCAGAGACAAUGUUUACCCUUUGUCUCAGGAAGAGCAGAGCUGUAUGUGAUUAUUGAACUAAAUAAUAUAUUUUCAAUUAACAUAAAAUAUUUUUUUACUGUGGGGAUUUGUCAUAAAUAUCAACCUUUUUUUGAGUAAGAUUCUUUUUGGGAUUUGGACACGAGCUUGCAAAGAAACUGCAGAAGUUGUAACAUUGAAUAUAUUUUUUCAUCGUGCUGAAAACCUUGACAAAUCUGAAGCGAAGUUAGGCCAUCACUGUGAUGAUUCCAAAGAAGAAGCUGAAGUGUUGCUGCUUUAGAAAUGGAAAUAUACGUAUGGAUAUUGAAGCAGAGAAGAGAAUAAAAUACUUAAUGCAACCCAACUGAAAUGCCUGAGUGCUUCUGAAAGCUAUGGACUUGGGGGAAGUAGAUUAUAUGGUGAUGAUUGUCUGUUGCUGGGUACGAUUGCUGAAAAUUUGAAGGCUCAGAUUUGUUCCAGUAUGAGGAAAGAGAUGAAAGCUGAACAUUAAAUAGGCAUAGUUUAAGUUAACAAAACCAGACAGGCCUCUAAAAGUUCUGUGGUGAAACCCACCCAUGUAUGUGAAACAUGACCCCAUUCUUUCUACAGCCCUCAUCCUUUCAUCCAAACUUGUGUCCUUUGGCCACACAAAAGUGCUCAGCCUUUGGGUGACUGCAGUUACAGUGACCCUGUUUCUUGCCCUGCUUGGAACUUUUGGGAACUUCAAUCUAGUAAGUUCUGGUCUUCAGAGUCCCAAUUAAAAUUAUGAGCCUUUGAAGGUUCAAAGCUCCAAUCCAAUUCCAGUCAUAUUAUGGCAUGGGAGAAAAGGACCAGGGGCUUUCUGGAAGGAUCUCCAUUGAUAAAGGACUGGGCAGUAGGUGAUGGAAUGAUGAGACCCAGGAAGCUGAUGAUGACCAGAGGAAACCACGUUAAGUGAGAUCAAUGUGCAGAAUUUAAGGGUUACCCUGGCCUAGGGGACUUCUGCUGCAAUGCAAUUUAAUGCAAAUUUAUGAUAUGUAUUAAACAGUGUCAUAUACUUGAGUACUUCA